AUUCCCUUUGUCCUAAAACGAUAUUGUGUGUGAUCAGUGUGUCUAUCUAUAAUAUAAAGAUCAACAGAAUAUUUAAAAUGUAUCUAUAAAUCAAAUAGCUUUGUUGUGGAGAAAAUGUUUAUAUUAUUGAAUCUAUAUUCUCUGUAUUCGCAUCACUUUGUCCCUCAACUUUCAAAUCACAUAUCGAAUAUAUUAAUAAACAAAGCGGUCAUAGUUUCGUGUGUGCGAUAACGGAGAACUAACUAGCUGUUAGCAUACUUAUUUCACCAAGAGUCUGUAGUACUUCAUAUAUUUUUUAUCAUUUUUUAUUUAAUUAUCCAUCUAGACGGUAGCCGAUAUAAAAGAUAAUAAGCAUCUGAAUGGAUGCCUCAACAAUUCUCAAGUCAUACAAAAAUAGAAGAAUGAACGAAGUGCCAAAAUGUUCAUUAGUAAGCACUUAUUCGGUGCCGUAUCCGUGCAGUUCCGCAUUCACGAAAGAACAAUUGUCACCGCCGAUACAACGCUAUAAUGUCAGCAGCAAAGAGCAAGCAGUCCUUUCGAAGCUACAAGAGAUUUGUAUGACACAUCCAAUUGUCGUGAUACAUGGCCUCACGACAACGCUUGAGAUUGAUCUGAACGUUUUUUCGACUGAAAGUAUGCUCAAGGCAAAUCCAAAUAUGCCAAUCGAUGUGCACAAACAAAUAAAGUCUAUUUCUGAUGAGAAUUGGGAUACACAGCAGAAAACGAAGGUCUGGAAGUGUUUCAGCCACAGAAGUACUUCGACAAUUAAAAACUAUGCGCAAUAUCAAGCCCAAAUUUUCUCGGAUAAUGACGUGGAAACUGUGCCUGCCAACAUACCUAUUUCCACCAGUCCCGGUCAAGUGACCAAGAAUAAAGAGAAAGGAACAGUAAAAUUCGCUACCAAUGUGGAUUUGUCAAAUGUGGAAAUAUGGAAACCGCAGUUACAUCAGUUAACGAAGUUACCAUCCUUUCUCAACGUUAAAUGUACUGAUAAUAUGCUCACAUACGUGGGCUAUGAUAUCUUAGGGAUGAAUACUGUACAGUUAUAUAUGAAGGUACCCGGAUGUAGAACGACUGGUCAUCAAGAGAAUAAUAAUUUCUGUUCUGUCAACAUUAAUAUCGGACCGGGCGAUUGCGAAUGGUUUGCUGUAUCAUACGAAUACUGGGGUGUAAUACAUUCGCUUUGUUCGCAAACCGGCGUCGAUUACUUGAGGGGCAGUUGGUGGCCACCAGAUUUGAACGUUCUAUAUAAAAAUAAUGUCCCGGUAUAUAGAUUCCUUCAAAGACCGGGUGAAAUCGUGUGGGUGAACGUCGGUUGUGUGCACUGGGUGCAAGCAGUUGGCUCGUGCAAUAAUAUCGCAUGGAAUGUUGGCCCGUUUACUGCCACACAAUAUGAGUUGGCGAUAGAACGUUACGAAUGGAACAAGCAGAACAAAUUCAAAUCAAUCGUACCGAUGGUGCAGCUUUCAUGGAGAUUGGCAUGCGAGACUAAAAUCUCAAAUUUGCAACUGUUCCAUCUAAUCAAGGACUGCUUGAAACAAACAAUGAUAUAUAAUUACUUAACACUCGAAUUUUUAAAAAGCAAGAGUAUGGAAGUGCGAUACGAUAACCAACUCAGGAAACAAGCGCAUUAUUGCAAAGAUUGCGAAGCCGAAGUGUUCAACAUAUUAUUCUGUAAGGCGCAGAAUAAGGAUAUAUAUAUGGUAUAUUGCAUACAUUGCAUGCUGAAGUAUAUGUCGUUGAAGAAAUUUUACUGUUUGCAAAAAUAUUAUAUGGAAGAAUUAAUGGAGAUCUAUGAUAAAUUUACCCACUGUUGAUUACUGAGAUCACAUAUCACUUCCUUAUGAUCAUCGUUUGUACAUAUAUCAUUGUAGAUAUAAAUUAGUCAAUCUUAUUAAUAUUUCAUAAAUGAUAAUCCUUUUUAUGAGUAUCUUUUUUAGACACGCUACAGUAGUGAGAAUGAGCAAUGUCUUUUUUUUAUAUCAGCAUAGAAUUUCACAUUCUUUUUCAUGCUUUAUUCUAAAUUCGAGAAUUGUAUUGUAAAUUCAGAACCAAGCAAGCCUCCUAUUAUGAACAAUAAAAUGCUGUAUGCUCUAUUUUACUUGUUUUCAUAUAACAUAACAAAUAUGAGUGGCAAAAAAAGAACAAGGAGCACGAUUUACUUUAUAAAUGUUAUCUGCUUCAUAAUGAGGAGAUUCUAAUA